AGCUCAGCAAACUGUAAACAAACAACAAAGCGCGGCAUGGCAAGCGUUGUAUCAAGUGGUUUUCGUGACGAUUGUUUGGAGUUUUUAAGUGAAUUUUCCAAGUUGAAGGCGCCGGACUAUCAAACCUUUUGCCAGGAAUGGAAGAGAACCAAUUUCCAGUACAUUUUUUACGGACGGAAUACGGAUGCAGAGAUGGCAGAGUAUUUGGGGGAAAUAUUUUACACCGUUAAGAAGUGCUUCUUAACUUGCCACAAUCAGUUUGAGCGAAUCGCAUCAUUUUACCUGCUGUACACGCUAUAUUUCAAGCAACCGCUAUUUACAUUUUGCAAGAUACGGCUCACAUUAAUGGAGUGGCGCAUGGUGAAAGAUUUUGCGAAACGUCCGUACAACGGCCAGGAGCUACCGCAAGUAACAGCUAUACUGUGGAAGAUGUUCAAAUCCGAUGCAUUUAGAUUUGUGCAAGAUGAGCUGGAACGCGGUUUUGAUAGAUUCUUUUUAAAAAGCUGUGGCAACAGCUUCGACGGUUCUGGACCGUUAAGAACAACCAAGGAUUUGGAAAAAGAGCUAGUUGCAUUGACGACUCCUGGUGGCCUCAUCAAUGCGAUGGAGAUUCUUGAAAUGGGGUACAACGAGAUGAAAGAGGAGCUUGAUGGCACCGAGCCCACCGAUGGCGACAAAAUACCGCAGUCAAAAUUGAUGCAAAGCUUGCUCAACGAUAUUGAAUCACUUGGAAUGACGUUGCGGAAUAACGACAUCCAGGGACCAUCACGUCCAAGUAGUGUAAAAGCAACGGAGGACGACCCUGACUCUGUGGGAGCCAAACGAUAUUCGUUGCGCAGAAAGGCUUACAAACGAGAAGUACACAAAAAGGUGUUUCGUAUUGCCGGAAGUGAGUCCCGGGCGGAUUCUGAGGAAUCGAGUGAUAAAGACGCUACCCCAGAAAAAGCAGUAAAACUGGAGCAGAUGGAACCGAAACCCAGGGGCUAUCGAAACGUUCGUCAACGAGGGGUCAAGUUAAGCGAUGGUGAAGAAGAAAACGCCGAGCAAGAUGAUUCUGGCUGAAAUGUAAAAAAAUGUCUUUGCUAACUCCAGUUUUAAAAUAAUGUCGGAAGUAUGUGCGGCGAUUUACCCCAUACCACGAUGUACUAAAAAGUCCUGCGAAGUGUCUAGUUAUAAAUAGUCAUCUGAAGACCCAGCAUGUUUCCUAGCUGUGCAUCACGGGUGGCAUAUGUACCUAUAAUGUAUAGCACCAAAUAAUUUAUAGCCGCGAUGUCACACAGUUGUCGUAUUUUAACUGAAUCUCUACUUCCCACGAAGCUCGUUGUUUCUUGGUGCUAUUGAUCGAAUGUAUUUUUUGGUACAGUUUAUGGUUGCAUUACCAUAAAAGUAUAUCAAAGUGUUCUCGGCGGACGAACCAUCAGUUCAUUUCAAUCCCAGCAGGAAGCCGCACUAGUGGGAACACAUCCAAGCCACCGAAUCGUUUAAGUAUGAAAUUUACACUAUUCGGCAAUUCUGAUCGGCGACCUACUCGGAAUUAUCAACAUGUCUGGACGGGGGGCCUGAGUCCUCCAUACGCAGGAUUAAUUACCUUGCUGUGGGCCAUUAGCUACAAAACGCUGUGGGUCAAACAUAACUAGAGUCGGACAAUGGAUAAAAAGGAAGGUUGUUAAAGUAUGGUGAGUUAUAGCGGCUAGAUUUAUUUUUUUGCCUUUUUGUGCUGCAGAAAAACAAGCCAUUUGUUUAUUCAAUUUUAGCAAAUCUUACGUUCAGGCAUUUGUUCAAGAAUAAAAACAUACAUAUAAAAACAUGUAA